CCAAAACAACAACAAGUUCCGCAAAUUUCUCCUGACUUCGAUGUCGCUCCAGCGUCCCUGGUCCGACGCCAAGCUUCAGACAUGAAUGGACAUCAUCCCGACGGCGACGUCAGAGAGCUCGGGGACAGGCUGGAAAAGUGUUUGUCCGUGGGCGACGAUGCCAACAUGGAAGUGUACCACAGACACAUCCGAGACGGAAAAGAUGCGGUCCGACGGGGAGACAUGAGCAAAGCUCUGGAUCUCUUUAAGAUGGCCUACAACAUUCACCGCAGUGACAAGCUGCAGAAGCGAAUCGGCAAAAUCGAGGAGUUUUUGGCACAGAAUUUAGAGGACGACAACGAUGACGAGUUUGUGGACAUCAACAAGAGCGGUCUGAAGCUGUACAAAGAGCUUUACGACAAACUGUACGACUAUCAGAGGGAUGGAGUGGCCUUCUUGUACGGCCUCUACAGAGACGGGCGCAAAGGUGGGAUUCUGGCGGACGACAUGGGCCUGGGCAAAACCAUCCAGGUCAUUUCCUUCCUGUCGGGAAUGUACGACAGCGAGCUAGUCGAGCACACCAUGCUGGUCAUGCCCACCUCGCUCAUCACAAACUGGACCAAGGAGUUCGCCAAAUGGACUCCCGGCAUGCGAGUCAAAGAGUUUCACGGCACCAGCAAGGCUGAGCGGACCAAGAACCUGGAGAAGGUCCAGAGUAGGAGCGGCGUGAUCAUCACAACGUACACCAUGCUCAUGAACAACUGGCAACAGCUGUCAUCCUACAAGGGCCGGGAGUUCAAGUGGGACUACAUGAUCCUGGACGAGGCCCACAAGAUCAAGACCAGCACCACCAAAACGGCCAAGAGCGCCUCCGCCAUCCCGUCCAAAAACCGAGUGCUUCUCACUGGCACCCCUGUCCAGAACAAUCUCCGAGAGAUGUGGGCUCUCUUCAACUUCGCGUGUCAAGGAACUCUGCUGGGCACGGCCAAAACCUUCAAAAUGCAGUACGAGAACCCUAUCACUCGGGCGCGGGAGAAGGACGCCACUCCGGGGGAGAAGGCCCUUGGGUCCAGGAUGUCCGAGAACCUCAUGGCCAUCAUCCAACCCUACUUCCUGCGCAGGACAAAGGCUGAAGUGCAGAAGAACAAAGAUGACAUGAGAUAUGCUGGCCAGGCUGAGAAUGCAGAGGAGGAGGCUGAGGUCCAGAAGCACUCUGGUGCCACCAUGCCCACACUGACCAGGAAGAACGACCUGAUUGUGUGGACGUACCUCAGCGGCAUCCAGGAGGACAUCUACUGGAAGUUUAUUUCCCUGGAACACAUCAAGGAGCUGCUCAUGACAUCCAGGUCGCCUCUAGCGGAGUUGACCAUUCUAAAGAAGCUGUGUGACCACCCGAGGCUUCUCUCCGCCCGUGCCACCGCCACCUUGGGUCUCAAGGAGGCUCGGCAGAGCAACGACGAUGACGAGAUCGACGGCCAGAGCAUCGCCGACGUUCCUGAUGAAACUUUGAUAGCCGAGUCCGGAAAACUGGCUUUCCUGGUUACUCUCCUCAAGCGUCUCCGAGAUGAAGGUCAUCGCACGCUGGUCUUCGCCCACUACAGGAUGGUGCUGGACAUCCUCCAGCGUGUCCUGAGGAACCAAGGAUUUAAAGUCCUGCGACUGGACGGGACCAUCUCACAAGUGGCGGAGCGGGAGCGACUCAUCACCCUUUUCCAGACGGACCACAGCUACUCCGUCUUCCUCCUCACCACCCAGGUGGGGGGCGUCGGCAUCACCCUGACGGCAGCAGACCGGGUGGUCAUCUAUGAUCCCAGCUGGAACCCGGCGACCGAUGCCCAGGCGGUGGACAGGGCGUACCGCAUCGGCCAGACGAGAAACGUGGUCAUCUACCGGCUGAUCACGUGCGGCACGGUGGAGGAGAAAAUCUACAGACGACAAGUCUUCAAGGACUCGCUGAUCCGCCAGACCACUGGAGACAAGAAGAAUCCUUUCCGCUACUUCAGCAAGCAGGAGCUGCGGGAGCUCUUCAGCCUGGAGGACACCAGAUCCUCCACCACACAAUUGCUGCUUCAGUCUCUGCACUCCAAACACCGAAGCACCGACACUGACCUGGACAUGCACCUCGCCCACCUCCACACCAUGGGCAUGUUCGGAAUCUCCCAUCACGACCUCAUGUUUUCCCUCAACGUGGAACACGAUGAGGCUCCGCAGGACCGAGACGAGCGACAGUACAUCGAAGGGCGCGUCCAGAAGGCCCAGGAGCUGGUGAAGGCUGAGUCGGAUCUGCAGAUGCAGUUUGCAAUCAACUUGGAGUCCAGCACCGAGCCAGCAUGGAGGCGAAAGUCAGCAAGUGAGCGCGUAGAACAGUCACAAGAGAAGAAAUUAAGCAAACCCAGAUCUACUCUUGCAUCACCACGCCACAGCAAUACGUCGCCGGCCCAGGUGGACCUAGACCGGUCUAGUGACAGCAAGGAGGGCGGCCUUAAGGGUCAGAACAGCCUCAUUGAUCUCACUGGGGAUGAAAGUCUGCCCCUAGAAAACCAAGAGAUCUUCCUAGAACACAGCCAAACUUCCUUGAAACAGGAGAAGAGUCAGUUUCAGGAAGGAGAGGGUAAGGAAAGUGUUCAAGCAAGAAGUGGUGCUGAUAAUGGAGAGGUUGAUGACUCUUUUGAGGAAGUAAAGAAAGUUCUCCCAGAUGCCUCCACAUACAUCAGUGAAGAUGAAGACCUGGAUCUUAAGUAUGACGACUCCAACUUGGACGGGAGUCCGAUGAAACCCCUCCAGAACAAAAGAUUGUCUGUCCUGCAGUCGUCCAUGUCCAGCUUGAAAGUUGAGUCCUUGUGCAGAGUUAGCGGCAGCGACUCGGAGCUGAUGGAAGGAAACUUCAACCUACAGCUGGAGGAGAGCGAGAUCUCCUACCAGGAUGGAGAGAAGAAGCUGCAGUCACAACUCCAGCUGGAGGAGGAAGACGUCCUGUACCAGGAUGAGGAUAGGAAGCUCCUGUCACCGAUUCCGCUGCACGAGGAGUGCGACGUUUUGUACCAGGAUGAUGAUGAUGAUGAGGAGAAGCUGCUGUCACAUCUUCAAAUAUCAGGAACCUUCGACGUGCGCAAGUCCCUGACGGAGAGGCAGCUCGGACUCAGCAUCAAGUCCCAUGUCUCCGAGAUGGACGAGUCUAUCGUCGCCGGUACCAAGAAGAAGAAAAAGACAGCGCGCAUCGUUUACGACAGCAGCGAAGAAGUAGAAGAGGAGGAGGUGGAGGAUGAGGCGGAGCUUAGGCCACAGUCGACGAAGGCUGCGUUCAACAACUUCCCGCCGCACGGAUCCUCCACGCCAAAAUGCUCACCGCUCAUCGGCCCGAGAAGGAGCGUAGCGGGAAACACGUCUGUGGCGUCUCGCCGUUCCCUCGUCCCCUCCAUCCUACAAGACCUUGACCACGAAAACGAGGACAUUUCAACGAGGUCUUCUGAUGAGGGUGAGGAGGAAGACGUGACCGCUCAGACAGAGGACCAUAGUGGAGAGACUCUAAACUCCGAUGAUGAAGAAGUCGAAGAAGAAGAAGAAGUCGAAGAAGUUGAAGAAGAGGUGGUGGACCCCCGCAGCAGCAACAUGGAAGAGUCUGUCAGCGAGCCUGAGCUGGUGUCCUCCGAGAGGUUCGAGCAGUGCGCCUCCAACUCGGCGGCCAAGUCUGCGGCGGCGAGCGUCGACUCCUACGAGUCCUUGGUGACGCAAGGCCGCGAGUCGUUCAACCGAGGCCGACUCGGUGAGGCUCUGGAUUUUUUCCUCAAGGCCCUUGACAUCAAGCCCGGAGACCCCGAGGUCCAGUUCUUGACCAUCCAGCUGUAUCGACAGCUCAGUGGCAAAUAAUAUAUAUAUAAUAUAUGGCAAAUAAUAAUAACUCCUCUCAUUGGAACUAUGCCGUGUUGUCUGACAGGAAACAACCACUGACUUCUCGUAUCACGUGUUCUUUUCAAAA